GCACAUGAUUCAUCUGCUUCAUAAUCAGUUCAGUGUGCCAAAUACCUUUUCGACUCACACAGAUUACUCUGUCCAUUGCAUUUGUCACAGGUUACUUACAUUUCAAGAUGAAUCUUCUUGUUGGGGUUACUCUUGGACUUCUUGCUGUUGUCCACUCAACACCUGUCAACACUUUGACCCAGAUCCCUGGCAUAGCUGAAAAUGAAGUUAUCAGAGAGGCUUUGACGGAUGGAUACCUUGUCGAACAGUCUUUACUUCCUACAUUGACAACUGAAUCGCCCAAAAGAAACACUACUGUUCAGCACAUAAUUGAAGAUAUUCAGGAAAGAGUUAAAGGGGAGUCUAUUGACAGUUCCAUAGACCCCGAUCAUUUCACCACAACUUCACAUGCUGAAAUAUCUACAGAUUCAGAUUCAACCACCACCCCAAACCCUCAGCUUAGCUUGACCUCUUCAACAGAGCCAAAUGAAGCCAAUUCAGGCGUCACCGACAACCACAUCCCAGUGUCACAAACUACUGACCCUACAACUGCCUUCAGCCAUGCCUUCCUGAGCACCCAGAGUCCUGAAUCAGGCUCUGGAGAUGGAGAGAUGUUUAGCAAGUACGCUACUUCAACCUCCAGUAUGACCUCAGGCUCUGGAGAUGGAGAGAUGUUUACCCAGUACCACACUACAACCUCCAGUAUGACCUCAGGCUCUGGAGAUGGAGAGAUGUUUACCCAGUACCACACUACAACCUCCAGUACGACCUCAGGCUCUGGAGAUGGAGAAAUGUUUACCCAGUACCUUACUACAAUCAGUUCACCAUCAACCUCCAUGACUGCUCCUAUCACACCAGGAAUGUUUGCAGAAAGCGAAGCAUCAGGUGAGGGAUCAGGACCAGGCAUUAAGAACAUCACUACAGUGCCAAACAAUGAGACAGUUGUGGGGCAAGCAAGAUUCUAUCAAAAUAAUGAAUCUGGUCAAAAAUUGGACGCUCCUGACACAUUUCCCAAUGGACACCAAACACCAGACUGGAUCAUCAUCGUUGGUUUUAUUGUUGGCCUUGCAGCAUUGGUAAUGCUAUUUGCUGCCAUCGCUACCAGACACAAGUGGAAUGGACCAAGCCAGGCAUCCCAGGUAGAGACCAAGACUAACUACUCCAACCAGCAGAGGGAAAUAGAGAUGGAGACGUUCAUUCACAAAGACAAUCCAAGGGAGAAUGGAACAGCAGAGUACACAGUCAUCCCCCUGGACGAGCUUCCAGAUCAUUCCUCACACUGAGGUUCAGACACAGUGUCUCUCGAGGGUUAGGACUCAUCACAGAAACACAAGUCAGAGUUUGAAGCAGAAUGAUUUGAUCAGAGCAACAAAAGGGAUGGGAAAGGCUGUGGAGCAAAAAGGUUCCUGUGAAUUUACCCUCUCUGAUCCUUGUCUAAAGCAGAAUCAUGUGUGUUUAUUCAUGUCAACUUUCAAAAACUCUCAUUAUGUACAUACUUUUAAACUACAGCAAUAUUAGCAAUAUUCAUGUUGAUGUUUUUAUUGCUAUUGUAUUAUCUGAGAAACAUACUGUUAGAUGUUUUAUUGUAUGUUUUUUGCAGACACUUUUAGUGGACACAAGACAAUGUCUCUGUGAAAAUGUUUGUUGUAAUAUUAUUUAGAAUCUCUUUGAAAUAACACUAUUGGUGUUGUGGAUUGUAACUUAUUUCAACCUGCUGUGUUGGUUCCCCCACCUUUAUUAAAAAAAGCUCUGAUUCCUGAA